AUGUGUGUUUUAUUUGAAACCCGGUUGGCCGGAAGGAUUAUUGUAAGAGCCAGGAGGGCAUUGCCUCGGUCCUGGGGUUUCUAUGCUGUGGAUUCUCAGGGAUUGUCGGGAGGUAUUAUAGUUACUUGGAAACUGGACUGUGGGAAGCUGGACAUCUUUAAUGUUAGUAGCCAAGAGGUGAUCAUGGUAAUAUCUGAGGGGGAGGGUAGACCAUGGAUAUUUGCAGCUGUGUAUGCUAGUACCGACUUCAGGGCUCGGAGGACACUGUGGGAGGAGGCUUCCAAGUUGGUUGAUCAGGGGCAGCCGAUGUUGAUUGCAGGAGAUUUUAAUUGUAUAGAUGAUCCACAGGAGAAGAUGGGAGGGAGGCAAUUUUCCUAUCAGAGGAAGGUCAGGGAAUUCCAGGAGUUUAUUUCUACAAAUGGACUGAUAGAUCUGGGCUUCACAGGGCCUAGAUUCACAUGGUGCAACAAUCAGCAGGGCCCGGCUAGAGUCUGGGAGAGACUUGACAGGGCCUUCGCCACAGCUGGAUGGAUCCAGGAGUUUCCAGACAAUCAUGUUAAACACCUACCGAGGAUAGCUUCAGACCACAGUCCGAUACUGGUAUGUACUGAUAGACCCAUUCCUUUUCGCUGUCCUUUCAGGUUUGAGAGGUUAUGGUUGUGUUACCCCCGGUCUUGGGGGGUUGUGAGCGAGGCUUGGAACAAGCCGGUUCGGGGGGAUGCUAUGUAUCGGGUUUCUCGCAGACUUGAGCUGACUAGGAGAUAUCUUCGGAGGUGGAACAGGGUGGAGGUUGGGAACAUAUUCCGAAGAAUUGAGGAGUUAGAGGAGGCCAUUGCUAAUAUGCAACUACGAGAGGCGUCGGGUGGAGGUUUAUCACAUGUGGAGUUUUCGGAGUUGAGAUCCUUCCUAUCUAUGCAUGAUGCUCUUCUUAGCCAACAGGAGAUCUUUUGGAGGCAGAAGUCAAGAGUACAGUGGAUUCAGGAAGGGGACAGGAACACAAAGUUCUUUCAUCAGUCUACAUUGAUCAGAAGACAGCGGAAUAGGAUCAGAUCUAUCAGGGACGAGGAUGGACAGGCUAUAGAGGACCCGAUUAUGAUUUGCAGGGUGUUUGAGCAGUUCUUCAGGACUAGGUGGACGGAGCGGACAGGGAGUGGAAUAUUUACUGAGCUACCCUUAUCUCCUGAGGGGGUCUCCGAUGAGGACUCUUAG